AUGGCAGACAUUGAACAAGGUCCCACGCCGAUUGAGGUCCUCAAGGACGCGGGGGUCAAAUCGGAAAUCGUGCAAGUCACCGAAUCGAUCGACUCUGAUCGAAAGAUCUCUCCGGUCAGACGGUGUGCGAUCAAGCUUAGUCGGCUAUCAGGCCUAGAGAAACGAGGCAUUGAACGCGUCGAAGUGUACGAGCGCCAUCCCCCCGGGCCAAAUGACUACCAUCGCAUCUUCAUGCUGUGGUUGAGCUCCUUCCUGACCGGCAACAAUAUCUUGGUUGGACUGUACGGGCCGUCGCUAUAUGGCUUGGACUGGCACGACUCUGUCUGGUGUGCUGUAUUUGGGGGCGUCCUGGGCAGUCUUGGAGUGGCCUACAUGAGCACCUUGGGACCGCGCAGUGGCAAUCGAACACUGGUCGCAACCCGCUUCUUCAUCGGAUACUACCCUAGCAAGAUCUGCUGUCUCCUGAACGUCCUCACAAUGCUGGGCUACGCCAUGGUCAACGGCAUCCUAGGCGGGCAGAUCCUCUUCACCAUGUCCAACGGCCGCACCGCCGUCCCGGUAGGCAUCGUCAUCGUCGCCGUCCUAACAUGGUGCGUCGCAACCUUCGGCAUGCCUCUCUUCCACCUCUACACGCGAUACGCAUGGGCCGUGCAGGCCGCAGUGCUGUGCAUCACGAUCGGCUGCGCGGGACCACACUUCGACACCAGUCGCUCUCAGUCCCUGGAAUCUUCCCCUAAGGUCGUGGCCAACCGCCUGUCGUUCUUCUCGCUGUGCUUUUCCUCCGCUAUCACCUGGGCCCCCUCCAGCGCAGACUACUUCGUCUAUUUUUCCCCGUCGACCUCCACCACACGCAUGGUCCUCGCCGCUGCCAGCGCAACCAGCAUAGGGGCCGUCUUGACCACUGUGGUAGGAGUCGGCCUCGCCACCAGCAUCACCUACCCAGAUGAGGUGGCAACCACCGCCCCGGGCGCCCUGCUUGCAAACUCACUAACACCCCUUGGCGGAGUCGGGCGAUUCUGCGCCGUGCUCCUCAUGCUAGGGACGGUGUCGAACAACAUUCCAUGCACAUACUCGGCGGGCCUGAACCUGCAGAUGCUAGGCCGGUACGGGCCGCGUAUCCCGCGGCCGCUCCUGACCACGCUCGAGAUCGGCCUGUGCACCGUGUGCGCAAUCCUGGGCCGGUCCUACCUGCGCGAGAUCCUCGAGAACUUCCUCCCGCUCAUGGCGUACUGGAUUGUAGCAUGGCUGGCCAUCUGUCUCGAGGAGACGUGGAUUUUCCGUCGUGGUCGUGUCGUCGACUGGACGGCGUGGAACUGCAGAGUGAGACUGCCUGUUGGGGUUGCUGCGGGGGGAAGUCUCCUGCUCGGCUGUUUGGGUGGGGUUCUCGGAAUGUCCGAAUCGUACUUCGUCGGUCCUGUCACCAGGGCCCUCCCUGCACCGUGCGAUCUGGGGAUAUGGCUGUCGGUGGGGUUCACGGCGCUCAUCUAUCCACCACUGCGGUGGGUGGAGGUGAGAUUACUGGGGCGGUAG